AUUGUGUCAGUUUUUUGUUCAGAUACUGCGAGUUCGUGUGUUUAUAAUAGUUCCUCGUCAUGGGUCGAAAACGAAAACAGGAUGACGAUGAUCCAUCUCAAAUCGACCUUCCUCCGCGUCAUUUGCAAACUCCUCACGCACGUUCGCAACGAAAGAGACUUGUUGUAGUCCUGGAGAACUCGCUUAUGGAAUCUAUCCGUGUUGGCGGUGGAUUCGAACUUCUGAAUGCAGAUGACCAUACGAGUGAACUGAAAAAACUCGGUAGAACGGCAGGUUCUGCCCGUCCUGAUAUCACUCAUCAGUGUCUGCUCAUGCUCAUGGAUUCACCCUUGAAUCGCGCCGGCUUGCUUCAGGUAUACAUCCAUACAAAUAGAAAUGUUCUAAUUGAAGUGAAUCCGCAAACGCGGAUACCCCGAACGUUUCCGAGAUUUGCUGGGCUCAUCGUACAAUUGUUGCACAAGCUCAGCGUUCGAUCUGCUGAAUCUGGAGACAAGCUCAUGAAAGUAAUCAAGAACCCCAUCACCAGCCAUUUUCCUGCUGGAGUUCGGAAAGUACUCAUGUCCUUCAGCGCCGAAAAACUCGUGAAAGCGAGAGAUCUCGUUCCGGCUGAUGACGAGCCUCUCGUUAUUGUCGUUGGGGCUAUGGCUCACGGGAAGGUUGAGAUCGACUACCACGAAGACGAAAUGGCCAUCAGUAGCUACCCGUUGUCCGCUGCCUUGACGUGCACCAAGUUGUGUGAUGCAUUUGAGGAUGCCUGGGGUGUCCAUUAAAGUUUUUCUACGAGUGGA